AUGGGUUGGGAGAAGAUCAAGGAGUUGACGAAUGUCUUAUGCAGACUCGAAAGGGAGAUACAGAACAAAGAUGAUGCAUUAAUAUUAGAAUACCAUGUAAAGGAUUUGAAUCGAAAUAGUUCUGACAUAUCUUAUAAGUUAGACCCGACGAGAAUACCCCCAGAUUCAAUGUCAGAAGAAAGCUACGUACAUUGCAUAGAAAAUACUGUUAAAAUAGCUGAACAGCUAAUGAAGGAAUCGAAAGAUUUACGCGAGAUAAUGUUUAAAAGUAGGGAACAAGCCCGGAAUCAAAUGUAUGCUCAGAGCCAGCAAGUUGAAAUGAUAAUGAGAAGGCGUAUUUACGACAUCCAGAGAGCAAGAAAUGAAAUGGAGUGGCAGAAGUAUAAGCUAGAAGGAAAUUUGCAAAAAGUUGAUCGAGAAAUAGAAACACUUCGUGCAGCAGUAGCUGACAAAAUAAAUCCAACUAAACUUGUAGAAACUCGACUAGAAACGCGGAUGCGACGACCAGUCUUGGAAAGAGUUCAGGAUAAACCAAUGCGUGGUCUAAUAGAAGAAUACGAAAGAGUUCAUAUGAGCUCCAAUAUGUUAGAAAAUAAACUAGAAGAAGCACUCUCAACCUACCACGGUCUAUACAAUCACCAUCAGCGCGUGACAAAGGAUCUCGAGUACAAGAAUCAAGCCCUAGAAACAGAUCGGCGUCUGAUCGAAAUCAGGAAACCUUUACAUAGAGAUGAUGAUUCUGAUUUUAAGAGGAAUGUUGGAUAUUGUCAUAUGCCGGCGGAACUUGUUACAGAUUAA